AUGUUGAAAGUGCCGUCCACGGCGAAGCAAAGGAUACAGGUAGAAACGUUGACUUUCUGCAUUAAUAACCGGCGUUUGGUUUACAGCUUUCCUGAUAUAAUCGAAGUGUACACCGAAAAGAAAAAUGGCGGUGUAUUUGAAGGAAUGAGUUCCGUCCGGCAUUUAUUUCUGUCACUCUAUCUAACUUUCUAUUUCUCUAAUUUUCGCUAUCUAUCUAUCUAUCUAUCUAUCUAUCUAUGUCAUUCGGUUCAAAUCUGUCUUAUUCUGUUCAUAUCUAUCUACCUAUCUAUCUCUUGCCUUACAACAUCUAUCUAUUUCAUCUAUCUCCUUCUAUUCAUAUAUUUCUAUCUAUCUAUCUAUCUAUCUAUCUAUCUAUCUAUAUCACUGUUCAAAUCUGUCUUAUUCUGUUCAUAUCUAUCUACCUAUCUAUCUAUCUAUUUACUAUUCUAUUCUACUUACUGUAUUCCGCCAUCACACGAGUUCUUUUAUCGUUUCAUGCGUGUUUGGGAAGGAGGAGGGAAAAACUCACCGGCAACCGACUGUGGUAUUGAUUCGUUUAAAAUUGCUUUGAUUUUUUUUACUUUUUUCUCUGUUGUGUUAUUUCUUCAUCAUUCCUCUUGUUCAUUUUCCAUUUAUCUUCUAUUUGCUUUGAAUUCUUUCUUUUUUCCCUUUCUUUUUCAUUUUCAUUCUCUCUCAUUCUUUCUUUACUGCUUUUUUCUUAUUUGUUUCUUUCCUUCUUCAAUGUCGCUUCUUUUUCUUCCGAUUACAUCUUUAGACUUUUUCUUUUCUUUUUUCUUCCAUUUGUCUUUCCAAUCUUGA